AUGAGCGGCGUGGGCGAGGAGGCCGGCGCGGAUUCAGAGCCGCGCAUAAUUGCGAAGGGCAGGGUGGCGACCGGGGGCGGCGGGUUGCAGCAAGAAAGCGCGAGCUACAUGAAGUGCGCCAGCUUCCGCCCCGUGCCGCAUCUCCCGGCGCAGCGCGUGACGUCAGAGCGGCCGGGGCGGCGCCGGAGGGCUCGUCCUUUGUGGUUGCCCGCUGUGACUAAUGCCACCCAAAUGUCACGUGUUAUUUUUACCUCUGCGGCCAGCGCGUUUAUUGUUGCCGCUGCCCGCCGGCGCAAAGUGGCCGCUCGCGUUAAAGCCGGAGCGGCGAGCGCGCGGGCUGCGGCGUGUGAAUGGAGCGCUCUCAAGGGGGUCAAGAGAAUAAUCUUUACACAAUAUGAUAAAUAUUUUAUUGAAUAUGUUAUAAAAAUUAUGUCAAAUCUAGUUUUGGGGAGAUCUUCAGCACAGAUUGCAUUGCCAGUGGACGCAUUCAUUACUGAAGAAACAUCAACAUUUUUUUCCGUCCCUGAUUCGAAACGAAUUCGCAAUCCUAGGAAUCAUUUCCCAUCAUAUCAGUUCUCUUAAUUAAACAGAGCAAAAUCAUAUCAUUUUGACGAAUCAGUCGUACUUUCCUGGAGACAUAUUCGUACGAGAACAGCCCGGAAGCAAAGUAGUAGGCGGGAAGAUAGUCGACCGCACGGUGUGAAGAUGAGGAUUGUGUAAAGCGCAUGCCGCAUCGGGAGGUGCUGUAAUCGCGUGGGAGUGGCUGCGUAUGUGUUGCGGCCAGCGCCCCGGCGGGCCGGGCGCGAACGGGGAUGUGAGGCGCGCUGCCAUUGGUCGGCGUAAAGCUUCGCGGCCGCGGCGGCGCUAGCUAGCCAGCGUCAGCAUGUGGGGGGUGG